AACGACGCUGAUCGACCACAGUGCAGCGCUCCCAUGGCUUGCUACCGCACAUGCGAGUGCUACGCCGUCGCAGGAUCGCUUGAGUGGCAGCGACCUGCGCCGGAGCAGCAAAAAAACACGCGCGCUGGUGCCACUCCUCGGCUCCGAGCCGCUCUCGCGCUGCUGCAGGAGGCCGCAUCGGCACCGCGCCCUCGCGCGCUCCCGCGCGUGCGGGAGCGAGCCUGUUGGCAGGAAGGUAGGGGCAAUGGUAACAACGAUGGCGAGAGGACCGAGGAGGGAGGAAGGGAGGGAGACGGAGGGCCGCCGAUGCCUCGGCCGGCACCUCAGGACCUCAGGACCGACGCUUCGAUCCUCUGAGAAACUGGCGCCUCGGGAGACGUCUCAUCUGGACCGCCUCGGGGGCCGUGCAAGGCGCCGCGGCCGGCUCAUGGGGCCCGCCUCCCGACGGCGGCCGAGGGCUGGCCCCUCGGAGCGGCCCCCUAGAGGAGCAGCCCCGGUGCAGGCCCGGGUCCGGCACUCCGCCUCCUCC